AAAAGAUCCAAGCGAAUCCAAGGUGAGCAGGAACCUUUAGCCAGUUAGCCAGCUGGCUAGCUUGCUUGCUGGAAUUGAUGCAAUUUUAUAACUUUAAACCGCUUUCGAUUUAAAGUGGCGAAUAACUUGUCCAGGAGAUUCCGCUCUAAGACGAAUCGAUGGCCACCUUGGAGGAGGUGCCGGUAGCCGUCGGUGGCGGGGGGGACCCCGAGGGUAACGCCGGCCAAUCGGAUGCCAGCGAGGGGGGAUCCCCCUCAGCCGAAACCUCGGGACCAGCCCACGCCUCCCUGCUGGACAGCGGCGAGGACUUCGACAUUCUGAACGGCGAAGAGGAGGGUGGCCCUGAUGAUGAUGAUGACGACGAUGAUGAUGACCUCCCACCUCUGGAAGACAUUAACAAGGAGAAGAAGACGCAGGAGAAGAGCAGAGCAGAGGAUUCUGGGAUUUCUGCCCCUGGGGCGGACUCUUCCCCAGCUCAGACCACAGAAUGGCUGGAUGUGUUGGGAAAUGGGCAGCUGAAGAAGAAGAUGGUGGAGGCGGGGAAAGGGCCGGAGAGCAGGCCGCGCAAGGGCCAGAACGUCAGGGUCCACCUCAAGACCUCAUUGGCCGACGGCACCACCGUGGAGGAGGAGCCCAGCCUCUCUUUCACUCUCGGGGACGGUGAUGUCAUCCAGGCGCUGGACCUCGCCGUGCAGCUGAUGGAGCUGGAGGAGACAGCUCUGGUCCAAACUGAUGCCAAAUACGCCUAUGGAACUGUGGGGAGUGUGGCCCCCCCUGUGCCCCCCGGGGCAGAUCUGACCCUGGAGCUGAGGUUGCUGGAGGUCGGCGACGCCCCCGACCUGGAGCUGCUGCCCCCGGCGGAGCGGACCGCCCUGGCGGACAGGAAGAGGGAGCGCGGGAACGCACACUACCAGCGCGGCGACUACGCCUUCGCCAUCAACUCCUACGCCCUCGCCCUGCAGGCGGCCGAGUCCAGCUCCAAAGUGGACAUCAGCCCGCAGGAAGAGGCGGAGCUUCUGGACGUGAAGGUGAAGUGCCUGAACAACAUGGCCGCCGCCCAGCUGAAGCUGGAUCACCUGGAGGCCGCCCUGCGCUCCUGCGUGUCCGUGCUCGCCCACCAGCCCGACAACGUCAAGGCCCUCUUCCGCAAGGGCAAGGUCUUGGCGCUGCGGGGAGAGUACACGGAAGCCAUCAGAGACUUAAAGAGUGCCCUGAAACUGGAGCCCAGCAACAAGACCAUCCACGCCGAGCUCUCCAAGCUGGUGAAGAAGCACUCGGAGCACAAGGGGGCGGAGCAGGCCAUGUACAAGAAGAUGCUGGGAAACCCCGCCCCCACCGCCCCGCAGAAGCACCAGGGCAAGUCCUCAUGGAGCGUCAGCUGGAAGUGGUUGUUCGGUGCCACUGCGGUCGCCAUCGGGGGCGUGGCCUUAUCCGUUGUCAUCGCCGCCAGGAACUAAGGGUAUUGGUGGGUCACUCGGCUCCGCUCCUCACCCACCCACUCACCCACCCAACCCAACCCAACCCAACCCAACCCAACAAAAAAAAUACAACAGCAGCUUGUGGGCGGAGUCAGAGAUACGUGGCGCUUGAUUGCACCUCCAAAGACUCCCGAGAUGAAGAUUCAGACGGGAGCCAAUGGGAGCUGAGGAUUGGGUCUGUGAGGGAGGGGGGCUCUGUUUAAACUGCGCCGAUGUCUCCUACACUGGUUUUAGAGAAGAGAGAAAAAAAAAAUGUGAUUGGGGAUUAUCAUUUAUUGUGUCCUGUGUUUGUGAGAAAUGACCCCUGUUGUCCUGAUAGUGUGUAUGGAUGGGUGUGAAACUCGUGCUGUCUGUCUGGAGGCUUGAUUGGUGUGGGUGCCUGUUCAUUAUUUAAUUUGCCCCCCCCUCAUUAAUCAUGGAGGGCUGUGGUCCAUAACCGUCCACCCCCCUGGCAAAUAUGAGGACUCUUUAUACAUUAAUCAGGGCAAGCCACAAAAUCUUUUUUUUUUUAUUGAAUAGCUUUGCAAUCCUUCACCCAUUCCAAAUGUAAAUUUCUACUCAAGGAUUUGAGGAACCAAAAGGUAGUUAAACUUUUUUUGUACUGGUUCAUUUGAGAGGUAUAUUUAGUAGUUUUCUCUUUUUAACAGAAAUCCUUUAAGGGUGUCAUCUGAACCUAUGGAAUGUUCUAGUUUUCCAAUCAAAUGUCUGAGACUUGCACACAGGGAUGAUAACUCUUAAGCUGAUAGUUGGGGCCUAGCAGCAGUCUCAUUGAAUUGUGGGAAAUGUAGUCUGCAUAAUGGCAAAAACCCAUACCACCUGUUCCUGAGAACUAUUGCUAUUAGUGAUUGGAGAGUUAGUGAACCCAAAAUGGGUGGAGCUACAAGGAUCUGUCAGUCAUUGGCUUGUUUAAACCAAUCAAAUGCUCUGUCUCCACAAUAGAACAAUUGGUUGAAAUGUGUAAGCAAAUGAUGGUGCUUGCUAGUUACGGCUGUUUGUGCUUUCAUGAAUCCUGGCUUUUUUUUUAUCACUAGCUGAUAGUGGGUAGAACCAGGAGUGAAUAAUUUCUUGCUUUGUGUUUCUUUUUUGUUGUUUAUAGCUCUGGACCAUACCUCACUGUAUGAACUUUCCAAGACCUACAGUUGUUUUUAGGGGAUUAUUCCAACAGAGCUGUUGGAUUUAUUUUGAUAUUUUGUGAUUUAAAAAAAAAUUAUAUUAUUCUGCCAUUUUCAUUUGACGAAUAUAUAUAUGAAAUGUUCAUCUCCACAUUAUCAGGGGUACAAACAGAGACUGGCUUGGAUUAGAAGUAAACUUAUUUAUAGAAACACACACACACACUGCUGGCUUCUACACCGUUUAUGCACCGCAACGGCAUUUUGAAACUAUUAAGCGUCCGAAUAAAAGGACAGCACUGUGAAUUUCUGUUCUAGCCCCUCCCCUUUAGCGUGCUGUUUCUGUCGCUUUCUGGUGUAUUAUGCUAACGGUCGGGCCGAAGUCAUCGUUCGUGAUGCAGAUUAGCAGCUUCUGCUGUCCAAUCGUCUGUUUCGCUGCAGCGCUCUACAGGCUACUCACCGCUCGCUGCUUUUGCAGCAGUCGCCCAAAAGAUGCAGGUUUUAAAGUUUUUUUACAUUUUUUUAUUUUGAACUGGUGAGAGAGGAGAGGCUCGUUCCCUGUCGGGACCUGCGAGCCAGGCUCGUUCCCUGCCGGGACCUGCGAGCCAGGCUCGUUCCCUGCCGGGACCUGCUAGUCAGGCUCGUUCCCUGUCGGGACCUGCGAGCCGGGCUCGUUCCCUGUCGGGACCUGCGAGCCCGGCUCGUUCCCUGUCGGGACCUGCGAGGCGGGCUCGUUCCCUGUCGGGACCUGCGAGCCGGGCUCGUUCCCUGCCGGGACCUGCUAGUCGGGCUCGUUCCCUGUCGGGACCUGCGAGCCGGGCUCGUUCCCUGCCGGGACCUGCUAGUCAGGCUUGUUCCCUGUCGGGACCUGCGAGCCGGGCUCGUUCCCUGUUGGGACCUGCGAGCCCGGCUCGUUCCCUGUCGGGACCUGCGAGGCGGGCUCGUUCCCUGUCGGGACCUGCAAGCCGGGCUCGUUCCCUGUCGGGACCUGCUUUGUUCCUGGGUGAAAGGGGCGCUGCCGUGGCGCCCGCAGGCGGCAUCCUGGCGUGAACCGCUUCUGUAGGAAUAGCCAGCUGUGUGAGCCAGCUGAGAGCCAUGUGUAAGUGCGUCUGUCAGGAAAAUAAUAAAAGUUAAUAAAUGGCGAAUGGACCAGGACCUUU